UUGAGAGCAAACGUAAAGGUUCAUUCCAAAGUAGAAACAUCUUGUUGAAAAAGGAGAAAUUGGUUUGUAGGUAACUUCUGUGCAUUAGACUACAAAAUUCAUUGAAACGCUUCUUAUCGUGCUUUCUACACUCGCUUUCUUCUUCCAUCAUGUUUGGAUUCAAUAAGCCCAGUAAUACAGGCUUCGGUUUAGGUAGUCAAGGGAAUACGUCCACUACUGGAAGCAAUCUCUUCUCUCAACAACCUGCCUCUUCGACUGCUGCUCCUGGUACUCAGUCAACGUUCGGCGGUAGUGGAGGCGGUCUUUUUGGACAACAAAAACCUUCUUUAGGAGCCACAAAUCCACCAACCGGAGGACUUUUCUCUCAAUCCACAACCGCUGCCCCUACACAGGGUACUCAGGGAACAGCUCCCAGCGGCGGUUUAUUUGGGCAAACACAACAACAACCAGCGGGUGGAUUAGGAGGAGGACUAUUUGGUAACAAGCCACCUACUGGCGGCUCUACAGGUUUAUUUGGUUCUUCACAACCCUCUGGAACUGGUCUCUUUGGACAAGCCCAACCUUCCUCGACUACGAAUCAACCCUCCACAGGCUUAUUUGGACAAGCUCAACCUUCCUCGACUACAAAUCAACCCUCCACAGGCUUAUUUGGACAACCACAACCUUCUACCGCCCCAGGAACUGGGCUUUUAGGGCAAUCACAGCCAACAACACAACCCAGCGGUGGGUUGUUUGGUCAAAAACCUGCUCAACAAACAGGACUUUUCGGACAAAGUCUCUCGAAACCAACAACUUCUUUAUUUGGAUCCACCGCAAGCCAACAACCGAAUACUCAACCUCUCUCUACUCCUUCCAUUCAUCCUACAACUCGCUAUUCAAGCCUUGAUGCAAAUGUUCAAAAAUUCCUUGAUGACACGGACAAAGAAAUCUUCACACAGAUCCAACUCGCUGAAGAGCUUCAGACGAAGUCCUCAGACAUUGCCGAACUAGUAGAUUCUGUUCCCUUGGAUAUAACCGAAGUAGAGCGUCGCUUAUCGUCUGUAUCUACUGCACUCCUAAUUGACUCUGAUGAAAUGGAAUUAACAAAAAAGCUUGUCGACAAAGACACCACCAAUGCUCGAAUUAGUUCCCGCAUAUUAGAUCUCUUCAAAACUCCUGGUGCCAUAUAUCCUUAUACUUCUAAUGACCCUUUGGUGUCUUAUUUCGAAGAAUUUGUUACUGAUGCUGACGAGCGCACUCGGUUAUAUGCUUCUACCAUCGGUGAGCUUGAACAACAUUUAGAACAGGUUGAGACUACCCCUCAAAACAAUAGCCCUGAAGCUUUACUACGAACCAUAAAAGAAGAACAUAAACUCUUCAUGGUUUUAAGCAAUCGAUUUGCACAAGUACAUGAUGAAGUCAAGAGACUACAAGUGAAUAAUACUACAGCACCUAUGUUUCUCAGCUAAAUGGACGCCGAUCGUCAUAGUAAAUAUUAUUAGAAAAGGAAAUAAUUAUGGUUUAUCUUGUUUAGAUUGAUUAAAACUAAGAGCUGUUUCUUUCAUCCAACUAGUAUUUAGAACUUUGGCAAUAUCCCAUCUUUUUUCAGCAUCAGGAUC